AUGGCCGAGCUUGCGCUUGGCGUACUCGGCGUUUCUGGACUCUUCAGCGCAACACUCGACGUCUGGGCCUUUGUCGACGCUGGCCAGGGUUACGCCCAGUCCUUCAGGCGUCUUCGCACGAAGCUCGAUCUCCAGCGAACUCUCUUCGUGAACUGGGGAAAGAGUGUGGGUUUUGGUACGGAGAAGGGAUACCACGAGAAGCUAGAUGAGCCCGACACGAAAGAAAUUGUGCUGCAGGUCUUGACAGAAAUUUAUCUCAUUCUUUCGGAGACGGAUCGACUCGCCCUAGAAUAUGGGGUGAGAUUGCUCGAUGACGACGAGGCGCGACGACCACAAGCCAUUCCGAACCGGCUGCUUUCCUCGAGAAUUUCGGCAAACGGAGGGCGGAGUCGCGGUGGUCACGACAGCACACCUCUGCAGGCAGCGGUUCAGCAAGCGCGGGCCAAGAUCAAGCAACGCCAACAAAGCUCAUCCCUAUGGACAAAAGCGAAAUGGGCCAUUCGAGACGAAGAUAAGCUGGACAGGCUAGUGCGAGACCUGACGGAGCUUGUCACGGGGUUGCGCAGUCUAAGCUCGGAUUUUGUCGAUUCUGAACGCGAGAAGCAAAUUGCGAAUGAAACCAUUUCUGAUAUCGACGACAUCCAGGAUCUGCGGGAUGUCCAAGAAGCUUCGACCGAAUCGUCUCCUCUUUCGGUAUCAAUUGGUGCACGUAUUCAAAGCCUGAUGCCCAGCGCCUCCACUGCCUUUUACUCCGCGAGAUCGCGGCUGAGUGAAAUCUCCGUUCCCGUCGACUUGUAUGGCAGCGCUCCAGGAAACACCAAUCCCUUCUCGCUAUCGGCUAGAUUUAGGCAGGAGUCUGGUAGCAACCAGAGGACCAACCAAACAGACCGGGACAUCGGUUCCACUUCAGACACCGACGAACAGACCGAGGCAGAGCCACAAGGCCCGAACUCGGUGCCUGGGGUGGAUACAGUUUCAUGGAAGUUUGCUUCGGGUGUCAGAAUACAUGGCAUUGAUGGACCAGUUAUGCGAGUUGAAAUGAUAAUCGAUGCCCCGGAUGACACGGCUUAUAAGGACGGCCAGUUCCGCAUCCAAUUCUGGAUUAGGCACGCUAAAAUUAUCGAAAGUGAUGAAACUCGGGUUUCUGUUAGCCAGGUUACUUUACGAUUCAUGACGCGAGUCUGCCACCCAUUGGUAUGCACAAACGGGUACUGCGGAUGGACCAGCCUCGAGGACAGGUUUGACAAGAGAAUAGGGUCGGUUCAAAGUUUGGAGGAGACGGCAAAUGACUGGACUCAAAGAUAUGCUCAAGGGGCGGGCUCGCGACGGCCGAUUUAUCCCCCUGAAUCUAGUGUAGUAGCCCAGGAGUCGUCUACACUCUACUUUAACACGUUGUCUUUCAUGCGCAAGCCAUCACCUCUGAUGUUGGAUCAAGAUCGCUGGGAAGCACAAGGAGUGCCCGGGGUGUCAGUAGUGCUACUAGGCUAUCCUGCGGUUCAAACCUGGGCGGGUCAACUGGUGCCGGAGGUCAAGGUGGUUGGCUAG